AAUGGCAUCUGAUGAUCAAUAGUGUCCAGAAGUUGUCGGAGUGAGAUAGAAAUGUGGUCUAGGCUCUCUGCCUUCAGGGCGAAACUGGUAUUUUUUAAGACAUUGUUUAACUUUAAAUUUUUUGCCCUUUUGUCCAGAUAAAUAUAUAUUCCCCCCUCUGACAAAUAAAUGUAUGUCAAAAAUUACAGCUUUGGGGGCGAGGGAAAGACGAGGCAUGAGGCACAGCUCCUUUACAAGACCACCUGGGACGAGUCUCAAGGCCUGACGCCCUUUUGGUAACACAUUGGCUCUACCACUGCCCAGGAAGGCGGGCUGGGGCAGCAGGGAAGACAUGUCCAAGGCAAAUCUUGUAGCCACACUGCCGUGCACGUCCUGUUAUUCUUUUUUGUCACCAUGGGAAGGGAAUGGCAGCAAAAAGCAGCAUCCCUCUUAUACAUGGAGAAACAGAUUCUAGAGUGAGGAAGACCAUAGCACCCUUUGCCCUUAUGAGAAACCCAUAAUAGCGAAGUGUGUAAACAUGGGGACUGUGGACUGCCUGCCAGUGAUCCCCAACUCCACUACUUAUGAGCACUGUGAUAUUGAACAAGUUAAUUAACCUCUCUGUGCCCUAGGUAUUUUAUCCAUAACAUGGCAAUAAUAAUAAUUGGUCACUUUCUUAACUGUAAAAUCAGGAUAAUGAAUUAUGAGGAUUAAAUGAAUAUAAAGCACUAACCAGAAUGCCUGAUAAGUAGUAAGGACUCAGUAUAAUUUUUUCCAGAAAUAAUGUUCAAAUGUAGGGGUAAGAGAUUAAGAAAAACGGAGGGUAGACAUUGGUGAUUACUUCAAAUAACAAUGUGGAGUUAUUUUAAAGGCAGAGAUCCUUCAGAUGCUGUGAAUCGAGUCACCGAAAAGCAGAAAAGGCCACAGAAGCUUGACCAUUACCUUCCAGAGAGGAACAAUCAAUUUUUGAAAAUUUGGCUAAAAAAAUACCCUUGGCUUGUAUAUGAUGAGAUACUAAAUCUUAUGUUCUGUGACCUGUGUCGUAAGCAUGGAGUGAAGUCAAGGGGAAAUCAAGUGAGUUUUUUUUAUGGCACUGACAACUUUAGGACUGAAUUUCUCCAUGCACAUCAUCUCAGCGAGGCUCAUGCCAGGGCUUCAUUAAUGGAAGCAACAAGUGGUUCUCCAGUGAACAGAGCCACCACGGAGCUGAUGGUGAGGACUGUGAGCAAAGUAACCCUCGGGAGAGUAGAGAACUUAUUCAGAUCGUGUCACGCUAUCGCCAAGACUGGACGUCCCCUCAAAGAUUUUAUUUGGAUGUGCAAGUUGGAUGACAUGAAGGGUGUUGAUAUUGGCCCAGUAUUCAGAACUAACAAAUCAGCAAGAACAUUUACAUAUUUUAUUGCUGAAGUGGAACGGAAAAAUCUAAGAGAUAAACUAGUAAAAAGUAAGUUUUUCUCCAUCAUCAGUGAUGGAAUCACAAACAAUUCAGCCAAGGAAGCUGAACUUGUCUAUGUGCAGUUUGCACAUGCAGGAAGAGUGCAUUGCCAAGUUGUCGGGGUACAAACAGUGGAAAAGAGGGAUCCUCUGGCAAUAAAAAAUGCCAUUGAGAAAACUCUGGAGAGGAAUCUUCAACUUAGGCUGUCGAACCAAGACUGGACAAAGAAACUGGUUGGUUUUGGAAGUGGCGGUGCGCCUGGCUCAGAGAGAGAAAGCAAUGGGGUGGCCCUGAUUUUAAGAGAAAUCCAGCCAUGUGUGCUGACUGUGUAUUGCUUUGCACAUCAUCUUGAACUAUCUUACAAGGCAGUGUUCCAGAGCAUUCCCCUGUACAACAAUGUGAGAGACCUUCUUUACAGCCUUUAUCACUUCUAUCAUAAUUCUCCUCCUCAUAAAAUUUCUCUGAUAACUGCCUUCAAAGACCUUCGCCUCCGACCUGUGAUGCCUUCUCAGGUAGGAGGCAGGAGGUGGCUUCAGGGAUUACAGGCAGCCCUCCAGAACUUUCUCAAGGGAUAUCCUGCAAUUGUCCAGCAACUGAAUUCACCUAUGUUACAGGCAAAUGAACGCGGAAGUGACACCAGUCAUCAGAAAGCCAAAGAACUUCUAGAGUUACUUCUGCAAGCAGACAUCGUUAAAUUCAUUCAUUUCUUGGUGGAUGUCAUCAGUGUCCUUAGUAUUCUGUCCCGAGUCAAUCAGAACAGAAAUUCUUCAAUUGCUGAUAUAUUUGCCACCUUACAGUCCACACUAGAAAUACUCAGAAUGUAUCAAACAAGACCAGGGCCAAAAGAACGUAGGGUGGAUUCAGUCACACACUUUCAUGGUAAGUGCCUCAGAGGAAAGGGAAACAUUUCUGACGUGAGAAACACUGUUUUAACACAUCUUAUCAAGAGGCUGCGAGGCUGUUUCAGAGAUGCCGGCCAAGAUGUGGUGAAGGCAACCAUGAUUGGAAGCUUUAAGCUGUGGCCCACAAAGAUAAAUCAAGAAUUGGGAGAAAAAGAAGUAUCCAUCCUGAUUGCACAUUAUGAACCAGUAUUGGAAGCUGCCAAUGUGAAAAUUGAUGAAGUGGACACUGAAUGGAGCAUGUUGAAAUUAGAGAUUUAUGCUAGAUUUCAGAACAUCCGCGAAUUGACCUGGGAUGUUGUGAAUUCUGUUUACUUACCCAAGUAUCCAAAUAUCUUGACACUAGUGGACCUCGUGCUGACCCUCCCUGCAAGUUCAGCUGAGGCGGAACGCGGCUUUAGUCAGAUGAAACGCACCAAGUCACAGAUGCAUGCCAAGAUCAAGGCUGAUAGUAUGACAGAUCUGCUGAUAAUUCAGUUGAAUUCUCCGGACAUCAAUAACUUUGACCCUAGGAAAGCUAUCCAUUUAUGGAAUACGAGAACACCAUCUUCAACUGGUGACACAAGACCUAAUUCAGAUUGCUCAUCAAACCCAGAAAGCCAUUAUGAAAGUGAUUAGUAAUGUGACAAAUGUCAACUUUGUUAUUGAUCAUAUCAAAAAAAAGAUUAGUUUCAAAAACCUGAAAUUUAAAAGUACAACAGUCAUCAGUCUUCACAUCAAACACAAAAAGCAUUUGGCAUCUUCCAGACGUACAAACCGAAAAUCCAAAGAUUAGUUUUCUUGUAACUUUUUAAUUCUAUUUCUAUAUUCACACAUUCUUUGGGUGGAAGUGUAUAAUUCUAAGCAAUGGUGUUAUUUUGAUGUCAUCUUUCUGGGUGUUAUUGCUAAGGGUUGCCAGACUAUGAUCGUGGUCUGAGUUCCUUUAAGCCUGGCAUAAAAUUAUUUUUCCUGGAUAA